UGUGAAUCGGCCAACUUUCAACACGUCUUGCUUUAUUACCUUUCUCUAAAAACGUACUACUUAUCUUCUACUUAUUAAAACAAAGAGAUUAUGGAGGAAGCACUUACGAAUCAAACGGUUUGUAUCGACAAUGUAUGGGGUCAUUGGGUUUUCAAAUAACCUAUUUUUGAGCUAUUGUAUUGACAGCCCAUUCUAGGGGUCAGGCUUUCUCAAAGCAGGGUUCUCGGGAAAUGACAUUCCUCAAUGCUUUUCCUCAAACGUCGUCGGAAGGACAAAGCAUACGCGUGUAAUGCCUAGUCAUCUUCAGCAAGACACUUAUAUUGGUUCGAAAGCGCAGGAGCUUCGAGGAUUAUUAAAACUUGAAUAUCCAGUUCAGCGUGGUCUUGUAAAAAACUGGCACGAUAUGGAAAAAAUCUGGUCUUAUGUUUAUUCCAAUGAACUUCAAACUUUGCCCGAAGAUCACCCAGUGCUAUUAGCAGAGCCGCCUUUAAAUAAUGCAAAAAACAAAGAGAGAAUGGCUGAAACUUUCUUUGAAACAUUUAACGUUCCAGCACUUAGCUUUUCAUUACAGCCCGUUCUUGCUUUAUACGCAACUGCACGUACGACUGGUCUGGUAGUAGAGGUAGGAGAAGGCUUAACACAUACCGUCCCAAUCUUCGAUGGCUUCGUCCUUUCGAGUGCUCAACGCGAUGACUACGGUGGUAAAGAUAUAACUGAGUAUUUACAGCUUCAGCUUCGACAAUUAGGCUACCGCUUUGUGACGUCUGCCGAAACAGAGAUUGUCCGUGAAAUCAAGGAAGCAUGCUGCUAUGUAUCCCCAAACUUUCAGACGGAGGAAAAAACUCACUCUUCCUUUAAUACAAAACUCCAGCAGUUUACACUUCCUGAUGGACAAGUCUUAAAAUUAGGAUCAGAAUGUUUUCGAGCUCCGGAAUUACUGUUUCGUCCCGAACUCAUAGGAUAUGAAAAUGGCGGUAUCCAUCAUCAAAUUGUACAAGCCGUUAUGCGAAGCGAUCUUGAUUUACGUAAAGAUCUUUUAAGCAAUAUUGUCCUCUCUGGUGGAAGUACAUUGCUGAAAGGAUUUGGAGACAGACUCUUAAAAGAACUUCAAGGGUCGGGUGAUGUUCGAAAUUGUGUCAAGAUGUAUACACCACAAGAAAGAAGAUAUGCAGCGUGGACAGGUGCUUCCAUCUUGGCAAGCUUAAGCACAUUCUCAAAUAUACUAAUCACGUCUGAAAACUAUAAAUCGGAUCCCUAUUGUAUUUUUAAAUAGCUACAGCAUUGAAAAGGAAAACUCAAACGUAAAACAAUAAAAAAUGGAUUAAACAUUCGGCUUUUGCAUUUUAUUAGUUCUGCUAAUUGACGCAAUCACGUUUACAUAUUCUUAAAAUAUCGAUCUAUCUGCUAAAGCUUCAAUUCGCUAUUUUCCGUAAUUUUUAAGGAGUAAUCUUUCAAGGAAUGCAAAAUAAUCCCUGCAGCGACGGAAACAUUCAAUGAAUCUACAUAUUGAUCUCCAUAAGGAAGUGUUAAAACAUAUUCGCACUGUCUUAUCAUGUUUGUCCUUAAACCAUCUGAAUAUUUUCGUUAGCAUUAGAAAUAAGAUUUUAUGAAAUGCAUACGUUCUCCUCCA